GGGUUGGCAGGCAGGCGCAGCGAGGGCGAGCUCACCACCACGGCACGUCGGCACCACCACCCUCCCUCUAUAAAUGCAGGGACACCGAAAUACCGAAUGCUCCCCAACGCCCUAUACUAAUCCGGAGGAGGGGUCAAGGAAGGCGAGCGACGCUCCCACACCAAUCCACAACACCGCCGCGCCGCCCGCCGCCGCUGGGGACGAGCGUGGGGCGAGCAACCAAAUCUAAGACACCGAUCCCCGACGCGCAGGCCGCGAAGCUAGCGGCGGAGAAAAGAUCGGAGCCACAACGCGGUCGUGAGCCCGCAGCCACCGGUUCCGCGAGGCUAGACGGAGACAGAGAUAGCGAGGCUUGCUGUUCAGCCAUGUCGACGGCGCAAGGGACAGCGUUGAAGUCGGCGCCGAUAGGCGCAGGUCAUCGGGCCCGGCGCGGCCGCCCCGUGGUGCCGCCGUACCGUUCUGGCUGGCAAGCAUACGGCGGCGUUUCCCUCGAGGGCAGCGGGUUCCUCGGCGGCCUGCAGCGCACCGAGGAGCGCGUCGCUACGCUGGCGCCCCGCGCGGCGGCGCGCGACGCGGAGGUGGUGAGGCCGCUCUCGAAGCUCCCGAACAGCAGCAUUGGGCUCUAUGAUCCCUCGUUCGAGCGUGACGCGUGCGGCGUUGGGUUUGUCGCUGAGCUUUCUGGCGAUUACAAACGCGAGACUGUUAAUGAUGCUAUUGAAAUGCUUGAGAGAAUGGCGCACCGUGGUGCCUGUGGCUGCGAAAAGAACACAGGAGACGGUGCCGGCAUUAUGGUCGCUCUACCACAUGACUUCUUCAAAGAGGUCACAAAGGAUGCUGGGUUUGAGCUACCCCCGCCAGGCGACUAUGCUGUUGGAAUGUUUUUCAUGCCAACCGAUGAAAAGCGUCGCGAGAAGGGCAAAGCUGAGUUUAAGAAGGUCGCGGAAUCACUGGGACAUGUAAUACUCGGGUGGCGUCCUGUUCCUACUGACAACUCAGACUUGGGUGAAUCUGCACUCGAGACUGAGCCAGUCAUUGAGCAGGUUUUCGUUACCAAGAGUUCAAGAUCAGAGGCUGAGUUUGAGCAACAGCUAUAUAUCCUUAGGAGACUCUCAAUCAUCUCUGUCCGAGCCUCUCUGAACAUUAAGCGUGGAGGAGAGAGGGAUUUCUACAUGUGCUCUCUAUCUUCAAGGACUAUUGUUUACAAGGGCCAGCUUAAACCGUGCCAGCUUAAGGGGUACUACUAUGCUGACCUAGGUCAAGAAAACUUCAUGAGUUAUAUGGCUCUGAGUCAAGCUGCAGUUCUGCUAUGGCCGACUGCUAUGCCCGACUCAUCAGGAUGUGACCUCCGAUUAGGUGGUGGGAAGGAAAUGUGUUUGGUUUGAGGUUCACUCAAGGUUCUCCACAAACACCUUUCCCAGCUGGGACCGUGCGCAACCAAUGCGUGUUUUAGGUCAUAAUGGAGAGAUCAAUACCCUUAGAGGAAACAAGAAUUGGAUGACAGCACGUGAGGGUCUCUUAGAGGCGGAGAAGCUUGGAUUAUCAAAGGAGCAGCUUGCAAGAAUUCUGCCAAUUGUUGAUGCUACCUCUUCUGAUUCUGGCGCAUUCGAUAAUGUUCUUGAGCUUCUUGUCCGUGGUGGGCGAAGCCUGCUAGAAGCCGUGAUGAUGAUGAUCCCUGAGGCAUGGCAGAACGAUGGAAACAUGGAUCCUGAGAAGAAAGCUCUCUACGAGUUCUUGUCAGCACUUAUGGAGCCUUGGGAUGGACCUGCUCUAAUAUCUUUUACUGAUGGUCGUUACCUUGGAGCUACCCUGGACCGUAACGGUUUGAGGCCUGGUCGGUUUUAUGUGACGCACAGUGGGCGUGUGAUCAUGGGUAGUGAGGUCGGUGUUGUUGAUGUUCCUCCUGAAGACGUGCUGAGAAAAGGCAGGUUAAACCCUGGAAUGAUGCUAUUGGUUGAUUUUGAGAAUCACACUGUAGUGGAUGAUGAAGCUCUGAAAGCACAAUACUCUAAAGCUCACCCGUAUGGGGAAUGGCUCAAGAGACAAAAGAUAUAUCUCAAGGAUAUUGUAGAAUCAGUACCAGAAACCGAUAGGGUUGCUCCAAGCAUUUCUAGCUCACUUCCUGCAAAGAAUGAGAACAAGGACCAUGUUGGUAUCAAUGGGAUUUUGACCCCACUGAAGGCUUUUGGGUACACGGUGGAAGCCCUGGACAUGUUGCUACUGCCAAUGGCUAAGGAUGGAGUGGAAGCUCUCGGUUCCAUGGGAAAUGAUACACCACUUGCGGUGAUGUCAAACAGGGAGAAGUUGACUUUUGAGUACUUCAAGCAGAUGUUUGCACAAGUUACAAACCCUCCGAUUGACCCUAUUAGAGAGAAAAUUGUUACAUCUAUGGAGUGUAUGAUUGGCCCCGAAGGCGACUUGUUGGAAACAACUGAAAAACAAUGCAACCGUCUUUCACUUAAAGGUCCCUUGGUUUCUAUUGAUGAAAUGGAGGCUAUUAAAAAGAUGAAUUAUCGAGGUUGGCGAAGCAAAGUGCUUGACAUAACAUACCCAAAAAAGUCUGGGAGGAAGGGCUUGGAAGAAACUUUGAACAGAAUGUGUGCUGAAGCUCGUGAAGCCAUACGCGAGGGAUAUACUAUUUUGGUUCUCUCAGAUAGAGGAUUUUCCUCAGACCGUGUUGCUGCCAGUUCUCUCUUAGCAGUGGGAGCAGUGCAUCAGCACCUUGUUGCAAAUCUUGAGAGGACACGCAUAGGAUUGUUGGUUGAGUCAGCUGAACCUCGUGAAGUGCAUCAUUUCUGCACCCUGCUUGGAUUUGGUGCUGAUGCUAUAUGCCCUUAUUUGGCUAUUGAAGCAAUUUGGUGCUUGCAGAAUGAUGGGAAGAUUCCUCCUAAUGGUGAUGGACAACCCAACUCAAAGGAAGAGCUGGUGAAGAAGUAUUUCUAUGCUUCUAACUAUGGAAUGAUGAAAGUUCUUGCGAAGAUGGGAAUAUCCACCCUUGCAUCCUACAAAGGUGCACAGAUUUUUGAAGCUCUUGGUCUUUCUUCCGAAGUGAUUGGCAAGUGUUUCGAAGGCACACCUAGCAGGAUUGAGGGUGCAACAUUUGAAAUGCUUGCACGAGAUGCACUUCGUCUUCAUGAGUUAGCUUUCCCAUCAAGAACCCCUCCAGCUGGCAGUGCAGAUGCAAAGGCCCUUCCCAACCCAGGGGAUUACCACUGGAGGAAAAAUGGUGAAGUUCAUCUCAACGACCCACUUGCAAUGGGAAAACUACAAGAAGCAGCUAGAGUCAACAGCCGGGCAGCAUACAAGGAAUAUUCGAAACGAAUUCAGGAGCUCAACAAGGCGUGCAAUUUACGUGGCAUGCUGAAAUUUAAAGAUAUUUCUGACAAGAUAUCUUUGGAUGAUGUUGAACCUGCAAGUGAGAUAGUGAAACGCUUUUGUACUGGAGCAAUGAGUUAUGGUUCUAUUUCAUUAGAAGCACAUACUGCCCUUGCUAUUGCCAUGAACAAACUUGGAGGAAAAUCUAAUACAGGUGAGGGAGGGGAACAGCCCUCUCGGAUGGAACCACUUCCUGAUGGCUCAAUGAACCCAAGACGAAGUGCGAUUAAGCAAGUUGCUAGUGGACGGUUUGGAGUUUCCAGCUAUUACCUGACUAAUGCAGAUGAGCUGCAGAUAAAAAUGGCCCAGGGUGCCAAGCCUGGUGAAGGUGGUGAGCUUCCAGGCCACAAGGUUAUUGGUGACAUUGCUGUCACAAGACAUUCCACAGCUGGUGUAGGACUGAUCAGUCCACCUCCGCAUCAUGAUAUUUAUUCGAUUGAGGAUCUUGCACAGCUUAUACAUGAUCUUAAGAAUUCAAAUCCUGGAGCCCGUAUCAGUGUCAAACUAGUUUCUGAGGCUGGUGUGGGAGUUGUUGCUAGUGGUGUUGUAAAAGGACAUGCAGACCAUGUUCUUAUAUCUGGCCAUGAUGGUGGCACGGGAGCUUCAAGAUGGACAGGUAUCAAGAACGCUGGACUUCCAUGGGAACUUGGGUUGGCUGAGACACAUCAAACUCUAGUAGCAAAUGGGCUUCGUGGUCGAGCUGUUCUGCAAACAGAUGGACAGUUGAAGACUGGUAGAGAUGUUGCUGUUGCUUGCUUGCUUGGUGCAGAGGAAUUUGGUUUUAGCACUGCACCACUGAUCACACUCGGUUGUAUUAUGAUGCGAAAAUGCCACAUGAACACUUGUCCUGUUGGUAUAGCUACUCAAGACCCAGUGCUUCGAGAAAAGUUUGCUGGAGAACCAGAGCAUGUCAUUAACUUUUUUUUCAUGCUUGCUGAGGAGCUAAGAGAAAUCAUGGCAAACCUUGGGUUCCGCACCAUUACUGAAAUGGUUGGACGUUCUGAUAUGCUUGAGGUUGAUCCAGAAGUAGUGAAGACUAAUGAGAAACUUGAGAACAUUGAUCUCUCACUAAUCUUGAAACCAGCUUCAGAGAUUCGUCCAGGUGUUGCUCAGUACUGUGUUGAGAAGCAAGACCAUGGCCUAGACAUGGCAUUAGAUAACAAACUAAUAGAUCUGUCAAGAACUGCUAUUGAAAAGCAAGUUCGUGUUUUCAUCGAGACUCCAAUUCAGAACACGAACCGAGCAGUUGGAACUAUGCUCAGUCAUGAAGUCACAAAACGUUAUCACAUCAAUGGAUUGCCUGCUGGUACAAUUCAUGUGAAGUUUACUGGAAGUGCUGGUCAAAGCUUUGGUGCUUUUCUUUGUCCUGGAGUCACUCUUGAACUGGAAGGAGACAGCAAUGAUUAUCUUGGUAAGGGAUUAUCUGGUGGGAAAAUUGUUGUGUACCCACCAAGGAACAGUUCAUUUAGUCCAGAGGACAAUAUUGUCAUUGGUAAUGUGGCUUUAUAUGGUGCUACCAUGGGAGAGGCAUAUUUCAAUGGUAUGGCAGCAGAAAGGUUUUGUGUCCGCAACUCAGGUGCUCAAGCAGUGGUUGAAGGAAUUGGAGAUCAUGGAUGUGAGUACAUGACUGGAGGCACUGUGGUUAUCCUUGGGAAAACUGGGCGGAACUUUGCUGCUGGCAUGAGUGGAGGCAUUGCCUAUGUUUAUGAUGUUGAUGGGAAAUUCAGUGCUCGCUGCAACAAUGAGUUAGUUGAUCUAUAUCAUGUGGAGGAAGAGGAUGACAUCAUCACAUUGAAAAUGAUGAUUGAGCAACAUCGUCGCAACACUGAGAGUGUUUUGGCUAGAGACAUACUCUCCGAUUUUGAUAAUCUUCUUCCAAAAUUUGUAAAAGUAUAUCCAAGGGACUAUAAGAGGGUUUUAGAAAACAUGAAGUUGGAAAAGAGUGUUGCUAAUCAUGCAAAGGAGCCUAAGAUGGUAAAUGGAAUAUCUGUGACGACUAAGAAAGUACAACCUGAUCAGUCAGCAAGCCGGCCAACACGUGUUGCCAAUGCCAAAAAGUACCGAGGUUUUAUUACAUAUGAGCGAGAGAGUAUUUCUUACAGAGAUCCAAAAGAGCGUGUUAAAGAUUGGAAGGAAGUUGCAAUCGAAUCAACACCUGGUCCACUAUUAAAUACACAAUCUGCUCGUUGCAUGGACUGUGGUACUCCUUUCUGUCAUCAGGAAAGCUCAGGUGCUGGCUGUCCUCUUGGAAAUAAGAUCCCAGAAUUCAAUGAAUUAGUUCACCAGAACAGAUGGCGCGAAGCAUUGGAUCGACUACUUGAGACAAACAACUUCCCUGAAUUUACUGGACGAGUAUGCCCUGCUCCUUGUGAGGGGUCAUGUGUUCUUGGGAUUAUUGAGAAUCCGGUGUCUAUCAAAAGUAUAGAAUGUGCAAUCAUAGACAAAGGUUUCGAAGAGGGAUGGAUGAUUCCACGACCUCCACUUCAAAGAACAGGAAGGAAGGUGGCCAUUGUUGGCAGUGGACCAGCUGGUUUGGCUGCUGCGGAUCAACUAAACAAAAUGGGGCAUUUUGUAACUGUGUUCGAACGUGCAGACCGAAUUGGAGGUUUAAUGAUGUACGGCGUUCCAAACAUGAAGACUGACAAGAUUGGCAUUGUCCAGCGCCGUGUUAACCUAAUGGCAGAAGAGGGUGUCACAUUUGUGGUGAAUGCCAAUGUUGGUAGUGAUCCUCUGUACUCAAUUGAACGUCUACGUUCUGAGAAUGAUGCAGUUAUUUUGGCUUGCGGAGCAACAAAACCAAGAGAUCUCACCAUCCCUGGACGCGAGCUAUCUGGAGUUCAUUUUGCAAUGGAAUUUCUCCAUGCAAAUACCAAAAGUUUACUCGACAGCAACCUGGAGGAUGGUAAAUAUAUAUCCGCCCGCGGGAAAAAGGUGGUGGUUAUUGGUGGAGGUGAUACAGGAACAGAUUGCAUUGGCACAUCUAUUAGGCAUGGUUGCACCAGCCUUGUAAAUCUUGAACUCCUGACAAAACCACCAAGCAAUAGAGCUGCUGAUAACCCAUGGCCCCAGUGGCCAAGAAUUUUCCGUGUUGACUAUGGGCAUCAAGAAGCUGCUACCAAGUUUGGAAAGGAUCCAAGAACUUAUGAAGUCUUGACAAAGCGUUUUAUUGGCGAUGAAAAUGGCAAGGUGAAGGCUCUUGAGUUAGUGCGUGUGAAGUGGGAGAAAGUAGAUGGAAGAUUUCAACUCAAGGAGAUCCAAGGAUCAGAAGAGAUUAUUGAAGCUGAUCUCGUCCUCCUAGCUAUGGGAUUCUUGGGUCCUGAAGCGUCUAUCGCUGAGAAACUGGGUUUGGAGAAGGACAACAGAUCAAACUUCAAAGCGCAGUUUGGAGACUUCGCUACCAGUGUUGAUGGUGUGUUCGCAGCCGGGGACUGCAGGCGUGGACAAUCACUGGUGGUAUGGGCCAUCACGGAGGGGCGGCAGGCUGCUGCAGCGGUAGACAAGUACAUAUCAAGGCAUGAUCAGAAUGUCGCAGGCGACAUCACUCCCUUUGGGGCAGGGCUCGUUCAGCCGGUUGGAGCAUAAAAAAAACAUAGACCGAGGCAUGUUUUAGGUUCUCGUCAGUGGUUCCUCACAGCAAAUUUUGUUCUUGUAUAUUUUGACGAUAGAUAAACAGUUGAAAGUUUUGGUGUCUAUUGUUUCUUUUUCUUCUCCGGUUAUUAUGUUUUGCGUGUCUGCAUGUGGUUUUCUAGUCCAAAAUGUACAGUUUUCCUUUUAUUAAAUAGAUGUAAAUUUGGUGGGUGAUAUGGCGAUCA